GUCAUACAAUGUUUCGAUACUGUGAGCAUACACGGAUCCCGACCCACCAGCACAGAUGCUAGUUAAAAUCCCAUAAUCAAAGGGAGAAAUUAAGAAAAAUGUCCUAACAUAAAUGGAAGUGAUGGGAUAUUGACAAGUUAAUUAAUUGUGAUGUGAAAAUUGACAAGAGGAUUGGAAAUGAAACCUAAUUUAGUUAAGUCUGACAAUAUUCAUGAGAAUCCAAUUCAUAUAUAUACCCCACGAGGCCAUGAAUAGUCUAUCAUUCAAUAAUUGGGCACACGAGUGAGUGAUGUAUAUGGCAUCUAAAGAAAACACAACGAAGAAAGGAAAAAAAAUAAUGGGGAAUUAUAAGGGCUAGGAAAAUGGGUGGUCUGGUCCAGAAUGGAUUAUACUUACAAUUAUGGUCGAGACUGAGAAUUUGUUUCAUGCAUCCUGAUCAUACCAAAUACUAUAUGGUUCAGAUCACUUUGUGUUGUCUAGUCUGAUACGAAUGGGACUAUGCAUAAGCAAAAAUAAAUAGUUUGUUUAGUCUAUAACCAGGGGAAAAUCUAUUGUUUCUUCAAAAGAAAUUAGAAAAAAAACACGUGUAAUUUUGAUACCAUAAAUCCAAGUAAAUAACAAAAACACAAAGUCAGGGUUACCCAACUUCCACCAUAACAUCAUAAGCAUUAACAUAAUCUCUUAGGGAGACAUGAUCGUUUCUACUUUGUGGCGGGGGUAUGGUUUAUGAAUGGAGGAGACGAGAUUUGAAAAAUUAGAUUCGAGACUUGGGGUCUCGUUGAGGAGUUGGGAGAGUGGUCGAGUGAGUUGCUAGACGAAUUGGAAAGUCCGUGGUUUGGUAUGGUACACAACGAUCAGGACCCGACCAGACAAGAGAUCAAUACGUCCUAUAAUGCAAACCUUAAACCAGAUCAUCCUUAACGAUCUACAGUUCAAACCAAACUACACAUUCCGAUUCUGUUCAUAUUUUGUCAAACGGUCUGAUAUAUUUUUCCUGCCCUAAAAUCAUAGCGUUGAAAUCAAUAGAGGUUGCACGUGUGACGAGGAAGGAGAGGACACAUCUAUUCCUCGGGAAAUUAUUGGAUGGAUGGACGUCUAAGAAUUGAGAGAGAUGGACAUUCCAUGAAUUCGUGGAGUAAAACAAACCAUAUCUAUAUAUGAGGGGUUCCUUUCAAGAUUUUAGUCACACUAAUUAACUAGCUAUCUAGGAUUAGUGAUAAAAAUUUGCCCUAGUCACUUCAUUUUAAGUCACUCAUUUAAACGGUGGAGAGUGUUCUAGUUCAUUAGAAGAAGGAUCUAAGCAGGUUGUCUGUGUUUAUGAAGUUAAACUACGUCUUCUGUGGGAUUCAAUAUCAGGGAAGAACAGUGGUUCUUCGCGGCAACCAGUUCAAACAGGGGAAGCAGAGUCGACCGUUGCUCCCAACGGUGUCGUUCCAAUCAUCAACCGAAGAACUCCCGCUGCCCUCAACGCUGUCGUUCCAAAGAGCCAAGUUAGAAGCAUCAGUGAUGUCGUUUCUUGCAUAUUUCCAUUUAGUCACUAAUCUUCUCAUUUCUGUUGCUUCCUAUUUUGGUAUUGUACUUGCUUAAGACACAAGUCUUGUCUUCUUCCCCAAACUGUCUGUAAACCAAAACUAUCAGCUAUAUAAGCUGGAAACCAAUGAAUCAAAUGCCAAGCUCUUUUUCCUUCAACCCUAAAAGGUUGUCAUGGUAUCAGAGCCUCAACCCUAGCCGCCACCUUCAUCCACCAUGGCUGAUAAUCAAACUCAAACAAUCAACUCACCAGAUCCAUCUUCAUCCACCCCUCCAAAUGUUGACCCCAUGUCUGACCCCUUCUACCUCCAUGGAUCUGAACAACCUGGCACCCAGCUCGUUGCAGAGAAGCUCACUCCCACAAACUACAUAGACUGGAGCAAAGCUUUUCACAACGCCCUUGGAGCCAAGAACAAGCUUGGUUUUGUGGAUGGUUCCAUCCCAGACCCAGGGCCAGGUCAUGCUACUUCUUGGGCAUGGACCAGGAACAACAUCAUGGUCCUCUCAUGGAUCCAACAAGCAGUGGAUCCUGGCAUUCGCAAGACGAUCAUGUCUUCCAAGACAGCCCUUGAAGCCUGGAGAAGCCUGCGUGACAGGUAUGGCCAAGGAGAUAUGGUUCGGAUUGCAGAACUGAUUGAGUCAAUCUGUACUCUCAAGCAAGGUAACCUCUCUGUCACUGAAUACUAUGGCAAUCUCAUAGCCUUAAGAGACGAACUUGACAACUAUCAACCCCUUGAGCCUUGUGCUUGUUCAACCACUAGCCACAACACUUGUCGAGCUAUGUUACUGGUCCUAGGCUACAGAGACACAAACUAUGUCAUCCAGUUCUUGAGAGGUCUCAAUGACAACUUCUCAACUGUGAGGUCACAGGUUCUAUUUGGUGAUGCUUUACCACCAAUAGAUCGUGUUUUCCAACGUAUGCUUCAACAUGAGAGGCAACUCAGUGGUUCUUCCUCAGGCAAAACCCUUACCACAGAAGGCAUGGCCUUUGCUGCACAUGGUAACCCCAACUAUCUUGGCAAGAAUCCCAGACCCUAUUGUACCUUCUGCAAAUUCACAGGCCACACAGAAGACACCUGUUACCACAAACAUGGAUGGCCACCAGGCAUGACAAACCCCAAAACCUCAACUUCAACAAACAAACCUCUCGAAUGCUCCUACUUCAAGAAGCAAGGGCACACUAAGGAUAAAUGCUUUCAAAAGCAUGGUUAUCCAUCCAGGCCAAACUCCAAAAGCAGAGUCUCUGCCAAUGCCACCACCACAUCUGCAGACAAUGAUGAAGUCAAACUCACAAAGGCUGAAUAUGAGAAGUUCUUGAGUCUUAUGAAAGACAAGGACUUCAACAAGAAGAACCUCACCUCCAGCUCUUCCUUUUCUGCUGCUACUUGGGUCAACCAGUCUCCUCCUACACCAGGUAAAUACAGUUUCACUGUCCCUCCUGGUAGAACAUCUCGACAUGCUUGGAUCUUAGACACAGGUGCCUCAGAUCACAUUGUGUGCUCUCUGGCUUACCUGGUUCACCCCAAACCCAUAUCAAACAUCCCUAUUACCCUACCAACAGGUGAUCAAGUUCAUGCUACUCACAUUGGCACAGUCACCUGUGUUGCCAACCUUGUUCUUGAAAAUGUCUUAUUUGUUCCCCAGUUUAACUUCAACCUCAUAUCAGUAAGCAAACUCACCACCAACCCUUCACUCCACUUAACCUUCUUUUCUACUGUCUGUCUCAUACAGGAUUUGCAGUUGAGGAGGAUGAUUGGUUCUGCUAAGCUCACUAAUGGCCUUUACCUUUUUUAUAGAACCAUCAUAGAUCAACCUCCCUCUCCUUUUGCUGCCACUUCUGCUCAGUCUUUUGACCUAUGGCACUAUAGAUUAGGUCAUGUUUAACAUUCCAAAGUCCCUCAUUUGAAGAAAAUCUGUACAUCUAUAGAAACAGAUGCUUCUUUACCUUGUGAUACUUGUCAUUUUGCUAGGCAGAAAAGGCUUCCUUUCCCUUGUAGUAACACUGUUUGCACAAGACCCUUUGAACUCAUACAUAUUGAUCUUUGGGGUCCAAACUCUGUCCCCAGUCAUGAUGGUUUCAGAUACUUUUUAACAAUUGUUGAUGAUUUCACUCGCAUGACCUGGAUUAUCCUCUUGCCAACCAAAUCUGAAACCAGACUCAAACUUCAACACUUUUGCAACCAUAUUAACAAUCAAUUUCAACUCUCAAUCCAAAAAAUCAGGAGUGACCAGGGCCAGGAAUUUCAAAUGCAUGAAUUCUUUAACACAACUGGUAUACUCCAUGAGCAAUCCUGUGUAGAAACACCCCAGCAAAAUAGUAAGGUGGAAAGAAAACACCAACACAUACUCAAUGUUGCUAGAGCUCUCAAAUUCCAGGCCAACCUUCCUUCUGGUUUUUGGUCUGACUGUGUCAAACAUGCAGUUCAUCUCAUCAACAGAGUUCCCACCCUUGUUUUAGACAACCAAACUCCCUACCAAAAACUAUUUCAUAAGCCUCCUGAUCUCACAGAACUGAGGGUGUUUGGCUGUCUUUGCUAUGCCAAUACUCUAAACAGACAUAGAACCAAGUUUGAUUCUAGAGCUAGGAAAUGUGUCUUCCUAGGAUUCACUACUGGGAUAAAGGGAUACAAACUCU